GUGGCACAACACGAUGUCCCUCCUCAAUCACAAAUGGAGGUCUCACGAGAUGACCGGAUCCGCGUCUAUCGCUCCACGGCCUGCAGGAGAGUCUUUGGGCAAUACGAGAAUUCCUGCUUACGGAAGCAGAAGGCUAUCCGCAAAGUAGUCGAAGCAAAUUACCUCCAGGUUGCAACCUACUCAGACGACGAGCUUGUCCGAAUCCUCCAAGACCUGCUUGCGGACGGCAUAUUCAUUUCGGACUCCAUAGCUCAGAGGAGAUUUCCAGACCUGUUCAAAGAAACCAAACCAACGCCUCCCGUCGCCACACCAGUUAUGGCCAUAGUUCAGAAGGAUCAAGCAGACUUCCUGAGCGAGAUUCAAAGCUUGCUGCUCACUGGGGAGCACUCGGAUCUGACGAUCUCUACGUCCAAAGGAGAAUAUCAAGUCCACAGGUUGGUUGUCUGUUCGCGCUCUAGGGUUUUCGCCACAAAAUGCAGCCCCCAGUGGCACACUCAAGGCGAAAAACCAAGCAUCAGCCUUGUUGAGGACGAUCCAACGGCGGUGGACUGUAUGGUCCAGUACUUCUACAAGUCGAACUAUGAUACGACUUCGCUGGUGCUGUCGGAUGAAUCUUCGCCCUCAGGAAGGGACUGCCUGAUGCACCACGCUAAGAUCUUUGCGCUCGCGGAGAUGUACAGCAUUGAAGGGCUGAAGGCGCUGUCUCUUGCUAAAUUCAAAGAACUCACUUCAUCUUCAUCAAAGCUUUGCCACGAUGAAUUCUUCUCUGUGGCAGAGUACGUCUAUACGUCCACUGUAGAAGCGGUUCGGGAGAUGCGAGAUACGGUGGUUAAGGUCUUGUAUGCCAACCCAAAAUACCUAGAUCUCGAAGUUGGGAAGACAACGAUGAUGUGUCACACGGACCUGGUCUAUGAUCUACUCCUCCAUGUACGCGCUCGGGGUCAUUGGCAUUAGAUUGACGGAUAUUCACGCCAUUACUACAGUACAAAUUUGAUACAAUGCGAUCCUGA